CAUAGCACUUGGUACUCUCUCUUCCUUCCGGCGGGAAAGAAGAAAGAUGGGGCUCGACAGCCGCUGUUCCCUGUCGCUAAGUUCCAGUGCUUUUCCCUGCCGGAAGGAAGGGAUGAAGGUAUGGGAGUGCAGCAGCCGCAGGAGAAAGAGUUAAAGGAGGGCGGUGUCGGGGAGAGGAGGAAGGUUGCGGUGGCUGCUGUCAUUGUCACCAUGAACCUUGGCAUCCUCGACUGCCCCAUCUGCUUCCAUCCCCUGCAGCCUCCCAUCUUCCAGUUGAUCGACAUCCACAAGUCCACAUCAAACUGGGACCAACCGUCCUGGUGGGCGAAGAUGGGGAACUUGUUACUUGUUAACAUGAUGCUGGUGCCCCUUCGCGGUGUCAUCUCAGUUUGUUGCGUCCAGCUUUUGACAGGUGAGUACUUCUAAGUCUCGGUUUUUGGACGUGUGGCACCUGUGUUCGUUUGAUAGAUCUCUGUUUUUGGAACUGUAGUGAUGUUCUAUCUGAUUGCAGAGCAGUGUUUGUACUCGGGGCAAAAUAAUUUGCCUGAAACCGUUGAAAGGAAUUACACAAUAAAUGACCCCUCAGAAGAAACUACACAGGGUAUUUUCUGUCACUUGUGCCAUCUUACGAGGUAGACAGUGGAAUUCACUAACACUGAACCUACACCAGGCUUUUCACAUCCUGAGUAUGUUGGCUGUUCAAUUUUUCAGAGUUAAAAUGCCACUUUUGUCGACCUU